AUGGCAGAGCUAGCUGUCCAGCCCGACUGGACUCUGAGCAAGACCCAGGUCUCUGCUAUCCUCGAUCAGAAUACCUACCAUCCAGCUGAAACGGGGUCUGGACUUCCCAUCGAGCUCAGGUUCAUGCAAUUUGGCGAGUUAGGCGAGGCUGGAAACUAUGAGUUGCUUAGCAUGGAAAAAAAGAAGGCACGGAUUGAGCAGUGGUGCCGGGAUGCAUUUGCUUUCCUGGAGCCCAAAAAUGGGGACCUAGGGUCACAUCUUGAGCGGCUCGAUGCCAUGUUUUCAACACUAGUUACCUGCAGCUUCCAGGUCUACAGAAGAAAUCUCACGAAGGAUGACAUUGUAGGCAAGACGUGUGCCUUGCUGGCCCGUCUGCCCCCACAGCCCCCAGAACUGCAGUUUCAGUAUGAAAGCAAGGACGCUCAGUCAGACCUGGACAGUCCAUGGCCAGUCGAGUACUUUCGCGCCUACCCUACCGUUACGGAUCAGCCUGAGGAGCCUCGGAGUAGAUAUACGUGGACAAAUCUUCGGGUUCUUUCCAGACCCACGACGAACGUGGUCCGCAUUGCUUUGUUUUUAGUGAUGGAACCGAGCGCGGCCUUCACACUUACCAGCGCCUAUUCAGAUACCAUAGUCAGCCUUCUCGACACCGUAACAGACUUUUGCCGUCGUUCAAAAACUAAGGCUGAUGCACAAGCUUGGUUCAUCCUGCAGGGUUUUCUGUGGGCAGCGUGGCAGCAGACCGUGAUGUUACAACUUUGGUACGACGCCACAAACCGGCAGAACGUGGGCUACUCGUUUGAAAAGCACAAUCAUCUCAUAUCCAGAGAGAUUCCUGCGGUGAUGCCGGGGCGAGAGAUUGUUGCGCGUUCGAGACCGAGAUAUAUGUGCAAAUGGGCGUUUGAGCUGCUUCGGUCCGAUCUCAGCUCGGUGACUCAGGAUUUCAGGGGUCUCUUUGAGAUCUACGAACUUCACUUUGGCGACCGUGCGCCCCGCUGUAACCUUGCUGCUGGACAUGGUAGGUCGAGGCUGUGUGACGGCAAAGCGCCGGGAAACUGCCAGAGAUUUGAGUCCGAGGGUGUCCAGAUUCAAUCUGCUCACGAUUUCGAGUGUCCUGGUUCUGCUUGCAGUUUCUUAGUCUGGGAUGAGCAGUCUUAUAGGAGCAUCAACGGAGCGAGGGCAGUCUGUCUGGAGGAGACUGAUGAGAAAUCCAUUCGAUACCGUCCCGUGUCCGCUGAGACUAUGGCUGUGUCUCAUGUAUGGUCCCACGGCGCAGGGGGGCGACCUGAGACUGGGUUCAACAUAUGCCUCCACCGGAGAUAUACCGCACUGGCUCGAUCCUUUGGAUGCACGUCUUACUGGAUGGACACGCCUUGUAUUCCAACAGAUGACGAGCUCCGAGACGAGGCGAUCGCCCAGAUAAAUAGCAACUUCAUCAAUAGCAAGGUCACCCUGCUGGUCGAUAGAGACCUCAUGGAGAUUGAUAUUAAUCCACUGACUCUACAGGCGAAGGAGGCCAUCUUAGCAACAAUCGUUGUUUGCGACUGGAAUGUUCGUGCGUGGACCCUUCUCGAAGGAAUGCGAGGGCGGUUGAAGCUUCACAUACUGUGCAAAGACAAUCGUGUCAUCUCCCUGGUGGACGUCCUCUCCGACGUCUUAUCAAAAAGUAGUCUCGGAUUUGUAUCGCCCUGCUUAGCCAUUCAACACUACACCCCUACCCAAAAUGAGCGUUACAAGCUCUUGGAUCAAGAACCUGUCACGACAGAGCAAGCCACUUGCUUCCUGAACCACAGACACGCCACCAAGGACCGAGACGUGAUCAUGAUCUGGAAUCUGGUCUGCGGCUCGAACAAAGUAGUAAAGACGGCCGUGGAUUUUUGGAAGUCAACAGUGGGACAACCAUUAGCAACCGGCUUUCUCGUGUCUAGUGCUCCGCGGCUCAAGGGCCGCGGGUUAAGCUGGGCGCCAUCACGCCCGAAUCUCGUGCCCCCGACGGCCGACACAUCCGAUGGGAAGCAAUAUCCCGCCUUUGAUGGUCAGAACAGCGUAGCCGGUCUAAUAGGAGCAGAAGGCUUCAAAGCGGAAUGGCUUGUGUGCCCGAUCCGCCGUUCUAAAGCUCUUCCGAUCUGGUUCUCGUUGUAUACUUAUGAGGCGAAGUCCCAUGUUGAUGCUUACUAUAAGGUCUACAACGGGGGUGCAAACGCAAAGAUGGAUCUGAGGAGUCUUCUCAACAUUCGCUCCAUAAUUGCACCGCUCCUUAAACGGUAUCGCUGGGUUGCUCUCUUGCUACCCGCCCUUCGAGAGCGAUUGGCUUCUGGAGCUGUGUUUCCUCCCCGGCCAUUCCCGUACCAGGGGGAAGCUAAGGGCCCAUUGCUUGUUGUUGUGGCCUCGAAUGAUGGAGAAGAGUGGGAGUGGCAGUUUGUGUAUGAGUGGGAUGUCAAGUUCCAGUUGCCUGAAUUUUCACUCAAGGAGCUGCUGAUAGUUUAG